AUGGCCACACACGUGAAAUCCAUCGACAAAAAACACCUGCUGGAAGUUGGCAUGGAAGGAUUCUACGGAGAUUCGGUUCCAGACAGAAAACAAUACAAUCCAGGUUAUCAAGUUGGCACAGAUUUCAUCAGCAACAACCUCAUCAAGGAGAUUGAUUUCUCAACUAUCCAUGCGUACCCCGAUGCCUGGCUAUCAGGGCAGAACGAUGAUGCUCAGAUGGGAUUCAUGCGAAGAUGGAUGACAAGUCAUUGGACAGAUUCUCGUACCCUUUUGAAGAAACCAAUGGUUUUCACUGAAUUCGGAAGAUCAAGCAAAGAUCCAGGGUUCAGCAUAGCAUCAAGAGAUUCAUUCCUCAAUGCUAUUUACAGUAAUAUAUACAGUUUGGCAAGAGGUGGGGGAAUUGGAGGAGGCUUGGUUUGGCAAAUUGUGGCUCAAGGAAUGGAAUCGUAUUCCGAUGGGUAUGAGAUUGUCUUGUCUGAGAAUCUAUCAACAAGCUCCAUAAUUAGCCAGCAGUCACGCCAAAUGACAGCUCUUGAACACAAGAUGACCAGGCCAUGA